CACUGAAACACUUGCGCAUAGUGAAGUACACACUCUGAGAAGUGGUGGCUAAGCAGGAUUUUACACAAAAGGAGUGGAGAGCAAGAAAGAGAAGUCAAAGGGAAACUAAAAACGGGUCAGAGACAUCUUCCCGAUCCAAGAACAGUUGUCCCAGAUUGACUGUGAUGGUGAGCUGGUGAUCGAGGGAUACGCAAUAGGUUGCACAACUUGUGUUUAAAGUAAAGGAGGAGUCUGUUUCGCUGCUGCAGGGGAAGGCACUCAGCUGUCCAGUCGUUAUGAUGAUGUAUCUGUGGGGUAACCAGGACACACCGGCACCCCCGGACCCAUCCAUGGCCCAGGCUUACCCAUCAGCCCAGUUUGCCCCCCCUCCCCAGAACGGCAUUCCAGCUGAGUUCACAGCUUCACACCCCCAUCCACAUCCACACUCCCACCCACAUCCACACCAGCACCCAGCAGCACCACAGGACUACGCUGGGGUCCAGGCCUCCGUCAGUGAGCAUCCACUCAACAUGUACCAGUCCUCACAGAGCCACAGCGAGCAGAGCGGGUCAGACUCUCUCAGUCAGACGGUCACCGGCACAGCCACACAGACAGAUGAUGCAGCCCAGACGGACAUUCAGCCACCAACACAGACCUUACCUGAAAGCACAGACAGCAAGGCCCAGCCCAAGAGACUUCAUGUCUCAAACAUCCCCUUCAGGUUUAGAGACCCAGACCUCAGGCAAAUGUUCGGCCAAUUUGGCAAAAUCUUAGACGUCGAAAUCAUCUUCAACGAGCGUGGUUCCAAGGGUUUUGGGUUCGUAACGUUCGAGCAUAGCGUGGACGCCGACAGGGCCAGAGAGAAAUUACACGGCACCGUGGUAGAAGGCCGUAAAAUAGAGGUCAACAAUGCAACAGCCCGAGUAAUGACAAAUAAGAAGACUGUCAACCCAUAUGCAAAUGGCUGGAAGUUAAAUCCAGUGGUCAGCGCUGUCUACAGCCCAGAAUUCUAUGCAGUACCAGGUUUUCCCUACCCAACAGCCAGUGCAGCAGCAGCGUACAGAGGAGCCCACCUAAGAGGCCGAGGACGGACCGUGUACAACACAUUCAGGGCGGCGGCUCCGCCUCCCCACAUUCCAGCUUACGGAGGUGUUGUUUACCAGGAUGGAUUUUAUGGUGCAGAUAUUUAUGGUGGUUACGCUGCCUACAGAUAUGCCCAGCCUACUGCUGCCACAGCUGCUGCAUACAGUGACAGUUACGGACGAGUAUAUGCUGCCGACCCCUACAACCACACACUCACUCCAGCAGCCACAUACAGCGUUGGUGCCAUGAACGCGUUCACCCCACUGACAGAUGCGAAAACUCGGAGCCAUGCCGACGACGUGGGGCUAGUGCUGUCCUCUCUCCAGGCUAGUAUAUACCGGGGAGGCUACAGCCGCUUUGCACCCUAUUAGCAACACCUGCAACCCAUACUCAACCUUCCAACCGGACAGAAAGAAAGUGUGCGUGCGAGCGAGUGUGUGGGCGAAUGAAAAACAACGGCGAGAAUGAGUUAUCCGAGGAGAGACGUUACCGAGGCCUGGGUAUUGCAAUACAUGCAGUUUGUGGAUCAUUUCAGCAUCUCCUAAGAGAGAAGUACAGAAAAACAAAAGAAUACAACGACAGCUGAUAUUUUUCAUCUUAUACCUCAGAUAUUUUGUGCUGUGUAUUUUGAUAUUGUGGGUUUUUAAUUUCUAAAGAUUUAAACCUAGAUUAUCAGCUGUAGAGGUUUUUUCCAUGGUACUAAUAGAGAGCUGCUAGAGUAAUGAUUAGGACACGAAUGAAAUAUUUAUCAGAUUUCAAAUUGUUAGGGCUUGUAUAGAACUCCAACCCUGUAAGAUAGGUCAUAGUCACACUUUGGGGUUUUUAUGUUUUGUAAGAGUGUUAAAGUGACUAUGCUAGUCAGUGUUGUUGUUUUUCUUGUCUCAGCUUCCUUUGGCACUUCCUCUGUCCGUUUAGCAAUGAUAGCUUUUUAGUUUUCCCUUUGGUUUGGCAGGAAGUAAAGAAGCCGUGGGAAACACGAAGAUAGUCUCUGAACCGGAAGAGAAGCUGAGAACAGCCAUUAUUGCUAUUCCAUCAUCUUGACAUGUCAACUUUUGUUAUUUCUUACCUUAAGAAAAAGCUGUUUAACUUGUGACUGCAACUUUACUAUUAUAUGUUUAGAGUUAUUUCGCCAAAACCAAGAUAAUACUUCUUUCCCAAGACAAAAUCCUAUGUAGUGCCUGCAUAGUCAUGAAAACUGCAUGUAUUGUAGCCCAACUGCAUUGAGUGCAACAUGUGGUUUUCUCGUUUUGUAACAUAUAAAAUAGCAGUGCAUUCAAAAGGAAAUAAAAUGGUCGUUUAAGUUUGACUUUGUAUCUCAUAAUUACAAAAUCCCAUCUCUGUUUCAAACAUGAGCAUUAUCCAACGACAUUCAAAGUCAAUUCAAUUGGGUUAAAUUCAGAUUGGCCCGUCGUGCAUGUUGUUUAGCCUGGAAAUAGAUGUUGGAAAGUCAACUGUGAUUAGUCUUGUCUGAUUUGGUCUGAAUAUAGGAUGGCAGCAACUUGAGACCAAGCUGAUUCUAUAGCAGUGCAAUCUAAUGAAACCGCUAGUCGCGUAACUUUGAUAUCUUUUAACCUGAACCCUAUUUUCCUAUGUUUUUUUUAUGUCUAAGUGACUAGUGGGAACAAUUUUUUUUUUUUUUAAUUGGUCCAGUACAAAGCAAGACCGCUGCAGCGGCGAAACAAGCUACAAUGUAAUGUUAAUGGGCAAUUGCGCACCUUCAAUUUCCGUCCACUAAAAGUGCUGUUUUUGCCACUGACAUUCUCUAAGUGUCUGACAACAUUAUGAAAAUGAUUCCUGCAGAGAUAGACCUUUCCGUUUAAGAGUAAGAUCCGUUUUGUUUAACAUGUAACAGUCCCCAAAAAAAUUGUGAGUUUGGACGAUUUCUGAGCUGUUUCUGGUUAAACAAAACCAAUCUUACUCUUUAACAAAAAGGUCUAUGUCUGUUGGGAUCCUUUGCAUAAUGUUGUUUGACAAUUAUAACAAUCUGAGCCUGUCAGUGGCAAAAACAGAACUUUUAGUGGAUGAAAAUUUGCCCUAUAGGGUUACAUUGCAGCUCAGUUCACAGCUGCGGUUACAGCGUUCUCGCUCAAUACUGGACCAAUUCCAGAGGUCUUUGUUCACAUUAGUCACUUAGACACCACUGAAUGUUGAAACAUGCCUAAAUUACCCUUAAACAUCUUACUGCACAACUAUUACACUCCACACAUCCAACACACUCACACAGCACACUCCAACAGCAAAACGUAGCUGUUGAUUUUAUGCAAAACCUCAAUGUGCCCGAUUAGCACAGCAACUCACAACAUCAGUUCAUAUGGCCACAUUGAUUAGACAGUCUAACAAUAAUUACUCAAGGUGAACAUCUCGUAAUUAUAAGAUACUAAGUCAUAACUACAAGAUGAGUUCUCCAGUUUUUUUGGGUUUUUUUAUCCUUUGGUGAUAAUGCGUUUUCAUGUUUGAUGUUUCUAUAGUUCUGACAAAAAUGCAACAAGUUUCUCUAAUAAGGGCAUUUCUGCUUUUUCAUAAGUUAUCGUGAGGUAAUGGGGUAAUCGAGUCACAAUUGCUUUAUAAAAAAAAAAUACAACUACAGCAAGUAUUAGCAGUCACAGCUGCUCUGAGCUUCCUGAGAUAGUCAAAGUGUAGUUUAGUUUACUUUGUAGGGAGAGAAUGGUGUGAGUCAGCACCUUAUUCAGCCUGUAUGUUUAUUGACUGAAUAAUGUGGUUAUGUCUUACAUCACUUCAAGCCAAAGCUUCUGACGGACAUAUCAGGCGUGUUAAUGUGUAUAGUAAAGAUUCUACAUAGAUAUGAGAUGAGAAAAAAAGACUUGCCAUGGCAACCAAACUGUUCAACCAUUUCAUUGCGUUGCCCACAUGCUGUGAUAUGAAAAAUAUUAGGGCCACAUAAAAAAAAAAAAAGAUUUGGUAAUAUGACUUAGGAUAAUUGCAGAAUUCUAAGGAAAAAGUCAGGAUCCUGGGGAAGAAAGUCAAACUUGAUCAUAGAAUUCAAACUUAGGAUCCUAAGAUGAACUGUUCUGUGGCACUAAUCCUCUUCCGUACUGAGUAGUGUUGGCAUCCAGAAGUAGAUGUUUUUUUAUAUACACUUCCAAUAUAUUCAUUGGUAUAAUUGAUGAUUUUUAUAUAUCAGGAGAGAUUUAAAAAAUUAUAUAUAUAGCAGUGGCCAAAGCCACUGUGCCUAUUUUAUCUCUUUGUUAAUUUUGUUUUGCCUUGAUUUUUGUUAAGUUUUUUUCAUUAUUAAAAUUGAAGGGUAUACAAUACAGUACAAUAAUCCAACAAUGUAUUAUAUUUGAACUGUGCAGUGAAGAUGUUCUCUUAUAUGAAAUACACAAUAGUAUCAUGUUUUAGAUUUAGAAGAGUAGAAGAGUUGUUAGGGCGAGCUAUCUCAUUUUCUAUCAAAUCAUAUUCUGAUUUUUAUUAACUCUUUACAAAUAAUGUAAUCACAAUGUAGAUACUCGCAUUCAUCAAUAUUUUUUGUCAACUGUACCAUUUUGCACAUGCAACUCGUCAUUUUCAGAUAAAACCUUAGACAUAUCAGUGCUGUAGUUGUAAUUUAUUUUUAAAAAUUUUUUUUUAUAUCAGUUCUGUAUUUUCUGAUUCCUUCUCUUUUACUCUCAUGUCCUUCUUAAUGUAACAUCCUUUCUGUUAUUUUGAACCUUUACUAAAAUUAACUGUUUGAAUAUUAUAAUACUAAAUAAAUAUGAGAAAUAAAUGAUUUGUGAACAGGCUAAUCUACAGUAUGAUGUAAAUAGAACUUAAUGGAAUAAAUUUUGCAGUGUAUUUGAAAAGCACUACAUGGGCAACAGGAGCUCUGCUACGGCUGCAUUGCAAGCCAGCCUACGGGCCGCUUCCUGUGCCACAUUCUGUUUACAGCUAAUCCCAAUUAGUCGUGUUGUUACAUAUCUCCCUUUUUUUGUAUUUAUAACUAAUUAGAUAGGGACAACUCUCAGAUGCAUCACAUAAAAAAAAAAAAAAAAGGCAGCAGUAAGAGCUCCGGGGCCGCUCUGUGUCCGUGUGUGUCCAUCAGAAACUGGACAACUCGUAGUCCUCACUAUGCUGAAUGUCUGACUCCGCAACCACUUUAUACAAGCUCUGCUUCCAGUAGGUGUUGUGGUUCAAAACAAGGCUUCCUACCUAGUCAUUGUAUGUGCAUGUAGUAUGGUUCUUCCACAAAUCAAUAACCAUCAAUAAAGUUUUGUUUUCUCAAGA